AUGUUCUGUGCCAUAAGUGGAAAGCCAGCCAAAGUUCCUGUUGUUUCGCUUAAAUCCAAGUGUGUGUUCGAGAAAUCCCUCAUUGAGCAAUACAUUAAUGAAACAGGGAAAGAUCCAAUAACAAACGAACUUAUAACGAAGGAUGACCUCAUGGAACUAUCACAAAACCCGCAACAGACAGCAUUGACGAAUACUUUGAACUCGGCAACAUUAAACUCUAAUUAUAGCAUUCCUAAUCUACUUUCCACAUUACAAAACGAAUGGGAUGCUAUUAUGUUGGAAAAUUUCAAAUUACGAAAGGCCAAUGAUGAACUUGCAAAAAACCUAUCCACUGCAUUAUAUGAGAUAGAUGCCGCAAAGAUUGUAGCAGCUAAAGCUAUGAAGGAAAGAGAUCAAAUCAUCCAAGAAUUGAACGAAGUGACGAAAGCCAUAGGCAUGGAUGAAUCCGAUGAAGAAAAUAACAAAGAACCUACACCAGAAGUUAAACCCACCAGAAAGAGGACGAGAUCUAAGAAAUAG